AUCGCGAGACAUGAGAGUGAAUUGUCGGAGGGUCGCUUUCCUGAUUUUGGUGUCUUACUUCGUGAUCUCUUGUUACACUGGCUUUCUGUUGAUUCAAAGACGCAGGGCUCUUGCGACAUAUGAAAAUCAACGGAUCCAAGCACUGACAGAAGUUUCAGAUGAUACUGGGAACCCAGGCAGACAAGGGGAACAACUCCAGUAUCGGCAUCAGUAUCCCAGAAUUCUCUGGAAUCUGGAGGAUGAUCAGGGCCUGGUUGCCAUGGGAAACCAUACCAAACCGGAGUUUGUCGUGGAAAUAUGGGGGAAAGCUGCCAUAAGCCUGUAUCUGUGGCAACAUAUCUUCGAUGCAGAUCUAGGACCACGCAUGGGAGGUGUAUGGAGUUAUGGGACGAAAAGAUUCCAAAAUAUAGAGUUUAGAUACAGAACAGGACCUGGUGUAACUCCCUCUAAAGUGCCAAAAGACACCCAGAACCUUGUUCUGUCUCUGAAUGUCCGUGACUUUACAAAGAUCGACACUGCCAAAGCCUGGCUGGAUGCCCUUGCUGGCUUCCCGCAGCUCAAGAAUGUCGCCGUGCUUCUGCUGGGCAACGAACAGUGUGACAACGAAUGGAUCAAGUCGUAUUUGGCUGUCAAUAAUGGCAGCGUAAAAUUCGUGUUUGUUGUGUACGACAGCCCUGAUGUAGACAACAAUAUCUUUUAUCAGUGGCCACUGGGUGUUGCAACGUAUAGAAAUUUCCCCAAAGUGAAAAGUGCCUUUAUUCCUACGUCAAUUCAGAGAAAGCACAUGUGUAACUACAUGGGUACAAUAUAUGUCAACUCCUCCAGACAGGCGCUCCUUGAUUUGUUGUCAACUCCGGAGAUGAAGGAUAGAUGCUACGUCAAAGUUCGUCACGAAUGGUUACCAGAGGAGUCGGAGCACUCAAGAGACAACUACCUUAAAGUAUUAGCUCACAGUGAUCUCACACUUAAUCCCGUGGGGAUGAAUCCCGAAUGUUACCGCAUUUACGAAGCCUUAUCUUACGGCUCCAUCCCAGUGAUAGAGGACGUCCUCACGCCAGGGAAUUGUGGGAAUUCAUCAGGAUUCUCCGUAAGUGCCCCACAUAGACUACUGAAAUCAGAGAAAGCCCCUGUGAUAUUUAUCAAGGACUGGCAAAAGGAACUACCCACCAUUCUUGAUAAAGAGGCCAAAAUGACCUUGGAGCAGAAGUCCAAACGCAGGAAAGAUGUGCUGUUGUGGUACGAGAAUUUUAAAGCCAAAAUGAGGAAACGCUUUGUGUCUGUGAUUCAGGAGAAGUUUUUUGGUGUUCAUCCGUUUGUCUGAUCUUCUUAUUUUUUAAAAAUAUUUUUGAACCAUUUUUACUUGGUCCUUUAUAAGAACCAUAUAUUUGUUAGAUAUCAUUGAUGCUAGUACUUGUACUAGUACAUGGUUGUACUUAACUAUAUUUAUGACCAUUGUGUCCAAAAGGUUAGCUUACUUCAGUUAAAAAUUGCUCUCUUGUAUUUGACUUUUUAAAUGUAGAAAAAUGUAGUAACAGUCUUCAUUUGUAAAAGUGUUUGUCCCGUAUAUAACAUAUUUUUGUACACCAUAAGAUUCAAUUUGUUUUCACACUUGGAUAACAGCAGAAUUUUUAAUGCUAACCAGGCACCAUACAAUAUAUUUUAAAAAGAUAACAAAAUAUCUUUAAAUAAAUAUUAUGAAUUUUCUUCAAUUUGUUAACUGGCAGUCUGGCAAUGUGUGCAAUAUGGUAUUCAGUAUAAUCAUUAACAGUGAUUAAUUUUACAAAGUUUAAACAGUGAAUGCUGUCAAUUUUGAGCUGAGCAGAUAAGAUAUCAUUUCUUUUUGUGAUUAAAUGAUAGACAUCAUACAUGUUUAUUACCUAUUCAUUUAUCUGUGUUGUAGCAGUGAAUUUCACUUCAAGUGUUGCUCUUGAAACUUCAGAGCAUGUGUUAUAUUGAAAUCAAUAUUAAACUGUAGUGAACAAGGUUUAACCUGACUUGGACAAGUUUUGUUAGAUCUCAGUUUGUUAUCGAUCUGGUAUAAGUUUAAUAUAGACAGUUAAGUUUACAUUUCUAAAAUAUACGUGAAUUAAGGUACAUUGUAUUUUGGGUAAGAGAAAUAACCCUUACUGGGUUGAACUAUUAUGGUCAAGUUUGGCCAAAGAAAAAUGAUAAUUUUAUAAAUCGUUAUUUUAAGAUGUUUUGUGUAGUAUGACAGAAAGGAGUUUUGUUUUGAUUUCUUUUGGCAAAUUUUCUUGAGUGUCGUAUGGCAGUAAAAUUGAUUAAUUACACAGCAUUUGAAAUAACCUGGGAAACUGUGGAAUCUUUAAUAGUUUUUGCUGUUAAAUAAAUUUUUUGGCAGUUGAAUGCAUUCUACCCAGUUUUUUUCCUGUAAAUCACAUGGUGGAAUUGUAUGCAUCUUAACAGAUUAAAUUUCAAUUUAGAUUUGAACUUGAAAGUUAAUUAUUAAGAAAGCCAACAAAAAUAAUUGAGCGAUGGGGAACGUUUAACUUUGAGAUACUGAGAAAUAUUGUUAUUGAAAACUUGACCAGGAGUUGAGUUGAAUUGUUUGACAGUUCCAUGUUUUUAGAGGUACAUGUAUAUAUAUUUUAUUUUUCUACAAUUGUCUCAAAAAGACAUAUUCAUAAUGUUAUAAUUAGUGAGUCUAGUAAACACUGAUUGUACAUAUACAAUCAAACUUUGUUGUCUCGAACUAGAUGGGACUGUUUAAUAUCUUAUAGAUAUCAGAGUAUUCAAGAUAUCGAGGGUAAAAUACUUGAAAAAAUAAGUGGUUUGGACUUGAAAAUCACUUCGACAUAUCCACUGUAAUCGAGAUAUCAUUGUCAAGACAACAAAGUUUGACUGUACAUUUUACACACAACUGUGAUUGAGUUUUUGUUGGCCAUACACUAUACUAAUGUUCCAACUCAAUGGUUAUUCCACUAUAUUUAAUGAUCAAGUCUUUUGUUGUUACAUGUAUAUGUGUGAGAUUGUGAAGUCAAGUAGUGAUCUUAUGAUUCAAAGGCAGCUGACAAAGAAAAAAGUUUAACCUUGUUGAAUCGUUCAUAGCUUUAAUUCAUUAAUUUGGCAUGUAAGUAAAUGUGAUGUGUGCAUAUUUUUAAUUGGUUGCAGGUAAAUGCAAGGGGCACAAACUUAUUAAAUGUAGACAUCCUCUUGUUGAGACAUAAUUACAUGUGAUGCAUAUUAGCAUGCAGAACAACAAAUUUCAUUCCUUUCCCAUGUUGCACACAACUUAAUUUUGCCUUCAAUUUGGCAACAUAUAUUUAGGAAUGUGCAUUUGGUUUGGUUUAGUACUUUAGCUGAUACAGAGCUUGGUAUAGAGUUUAGUUAGUUCUCUUUUAUAGAGCUAGGGU